GAAAAAAAAAACACCCUGCACCGUCGAUCGCUGCUCCGCCGUCUGUCUGUCUGUCGGAGAUAUCGCGGAGAAACGCGACGCGCACACGGUGUUCCAGCCGCCGGGGAGCUGCGGAGGCUCGGCCCGGAGAGGAGCAGCUCUGUUCGGGCUUCAGAUUGUCGGUUUUUUCCGCCCACGGAGGGCUCGGUCCUGGGGAGGGAGAGUAGAGGCGGAGGAGGGCGCGCUGCAGCCGUGGAGGAGCGGCCCCACGGAGCACGGAGCGCUCCGGAGCCUUUUCUAUAAAAACGGGUUUUAUUCAGAGCACGGUGCGGUGAUACCGGACUCCACCCCCCACCCCCACCCCCCUCCACCAAUGGGUUAACGCUCGGUGUGAGCCCGCAGAGCCCGGAGGUCAGCUCACACCUGCACACACCUGCAGCCCGACCCGCGACCUGCGGGGGCCGGAUGAUGUAGCCCCCCACCGCAGCUCCGUUUCUCUGCAUCGCCAUCCUCUAAACCCCCCUCACACACACACACACACACACACACACACACACACAGAGUCCCAUCAUGCCGGCGGGGAUGAAACCGCUGGAGAAGUUCUUGAAGAAGCAGACCACGGCUCUGACCCGGGCCGGGGGUUUUGUCGGUGGGGUGGCGGACAAGGCCAGCGGGGGGACGGGGGCGUCCCGCAGGAGGGCCAGCCUGUCCCGGGUCGUCCCCUUCUUCAGGGAGACCUCACCGGAGAGCGGCCAGGCCCGGGAGGUGUUCAGCCCCGACAGCGAGGACCCACCCUCCUGGCCCUCGGCGGCGGGGCCCGGUGUGGUGUCUCUGCCUAGCAGUGCCAACGGCUCGGGCUCUGGCGGCGGCGGAGACGUCCGCAGCCCGUCCCUGUCUAGCGACGAGCAGAGCUCCGAGGCCAGCCUGGUGACGGAGGGGGGCGGGGGCGGGGGCACGCCGCUGCCCCCUGACACGCCCGACAACCUGACGCUCGCUCUGCUGGACAGUGCGGCGGGGAGACGCUCGGCCACCUGCACAGAAACCCUGCUGGACGACUUCAUGUUGACACAUCCCAUCUUCCUGACGGCCGACAGGUUCCAGCAGGUCCUGCUGCAGCAAUUCAGCCUGGAGACAGAGGGGAGGGAGGGGGAGGGGGGAGGGAGGGAGGGUGAGAGGAGACGAGGAGGAGGAGGAGGUGGAGAGGCGGAGGCUGACGGAGCGAUGGAUGCAGCGGAGAGAAAGCAGGCGGUGCUGAACGUGGCGUUCAGAUAUCUGGAGACGUACAGAGAACUACUGCAGGAGGAAGGAGAGAGGAGCAACAGUUUCCCCAAGGAGCUGUACCUGUGUGCGGUUCAGGAGUUGACUCGUUAUCCUGAGCUGGUGGAGGAUGUCCUCAAACUGCAGAGAUGGACCGAGAUUUUACACUGCCCCUCUGAGGAGGAGAAGGAGAGCAGGAAGAAGCAGGUUCGUCCUCUGUUCAGACACUUCAGACGCAUCGACGCCUGUCUGCAGCCCAGAGAGGCCUUCAGAGGCUCCGACGAGAUCUUCUGUAGAGUCUACACCCCGGACCACUCCUACGUGACCAUCCGGAGCCGUCUGUCCUGUCGUGUCGGGGAGAUUCUGGCCCUGGUGCGUGAGAAGCUGCAGUACAGCGAGGACCAGCCGGUGCUGCCGGGACACCUGGUGCUGGUGGCCGUCACGUCAGCUGGAGAGAAGGCCGUGUUCAGGCCCAGUGACGAGGCCGUGUUCACCACGCUGGGAGUCAACACACACCUGUUCGCCUGCGAGCCCAACGAGCUCGACUCACUGCUCCCUCUACCUGAGGAGAUCCACUGGACGCCCGGCGACAGCAAACUGCAUGACAUGUCAGCGGAGGAGGUGGCCAACCAGCUGGUGGUGUUUGACUGGGAGCUGUUCAGCUGUGUGCACGAGGUGGAGUUUGUGUGUUACGUGUUUCACGGGGAGCAGUCCCGCUGGCGCCCCCUGAACCUGGAGCUGGUACUGCAGCGCUGCAGCGAGGUGCAGCACUGGGUCGCCACGGAGAUCCUGCAGUGCCAGUCGCUGCCGAAGAGGAUCCAGCUGCUGCGCAAGUUCAUCAAGAUCGCAGCUCUCUGUAAGCAGCAGCAGGACCUGCUGUCGUUCCUCGCCGUCGUUCUGGGUUUAGACAACCCGGCCGUCAGCCGACUACGACUCACCUGGGAGGGUCUCCCGGGGAAGUUCAGGAAGCAGUUUCAGCAGUUUGAGAGCGUUGCAGAUCCGUCCAGGAACCACAAGUCCUACAGAGACCUGAUCACCGGUCUGAGGCCUCCGCUGAUCCCCUUCACCCCCCUGCUGCUCAAAGACCUGACCUUCCUCCACGAGAGCUGCAAGACGUUCCAUGGAGAACUAGUCAACUUCGAGAAGAUGCAUAAAGUUGCAGAGAUGGUGCGGAUCAUCAGGAGAUAUCGGAGCAGUCAGCUCGCGUUGGACACGGAGACGUCUCCGUCCCACCUGCAGACGAAGGCCUACGUCCGGCAGCUGCAGGUGAUCGACAACCAGAACCUGCUGUUUGACAUGUCCUGCAAACUGGAGCCCAAAGACACAUAAAGGGACCGGAGGGAGCAGCAGGAGGAGCAGGAGGAGGUUUUGUUUUGUGCCCAGAAACAACAAAGAAAAACAGACGGAGCAAAGUUCUUCAUCUUCAUCCUGCUGAAACUAAAAACUCUUUGUUCAGCGACCACUUUUAAUUAGUUUCUCCUCCUCCUCUUUCUCCUCCUCUUCCUCUGCCGUCAAACUGGACCGAACCCUGAGGAACUCCUCCAGGAUCGGGUCCUGACAGCUGGCGUCUGUCAGUCUGAUCCGAGUUCUUUCGACCUUCAGCAGGUUUGAAGGACGGAUGAAUCCUCGUCAGGGCUGCAAAACUUUGGCAGAAUUCAAGCUGGAAACUUUCCGCCGGAAUUAUCAGGAAUAAAGUGUUUCCGUUUAGUCACACCGGGACGCGUGUCCCUUUAAUCUCGUCUUGUUUUCGUUUCAU